AUGUCUAUGGUCUUGGCGACCACCUGGGUGCGCCGUGGAGUUGCUGCACCAUUCCCUAGAAAGUACGAAAUCGACGAAGCCGAGCUUGGGCGCAUCUCAAAACUUGCUCGCCUGCAGCUUGAGGAUGCCCAGGAGGGUUUGACCACGUCGCACGAGAAGUCUGACAGAGGGAAAGAGGAGGAGAGUGAUGACAGUGAAGGAGGAGUCCAAGAGAAUGGCGGAGUCAAGGUGUUGGAUGACAAGGUCGAUAACGACGACGACCUGAAAGAGUACAAUCUCGACGACUACGACACCGAACCUAUCGACGAUGAAGGGGAGAAGUUCUCAAUGUUUGGGAAUGUGAGGUCAUUGGCGUAUCAUGCACCCAGCGAAGAAGAUCCAUACCUAGUUCUACCAGAAGGAGAGGAUGAGGACGAUGAAGAAAGAGAGGAACUACAGAUACUGGCAACAGAUAACCUGCUACUGGCUGCGAAGGUCGAAGAUGAGGUCGCACAUCUCGAGGUCAUGGUGUACGAGGACGAGGCAGACAAUCUCUACGUACAUCACGAUAUCAUGCUGCCAGCGGUACCACUAUGUGUCGAAUGGAUAGACCUUCCGGUAGGUAAAAACUCUGAGGGGAGAACAACGGGGAAUUUUGUUGCGGUGUCGACUAUGCGACCGGAAAUCGAGAUCUGGGAUCUAGAUGUGGUUGACAGCAUGUACCCCAACGCCAUCUUGGGCCAGGAGCCCGAGGAGGCCAGAGAAGGGAAUGGGGCUACCAAGAAGAAGAAAAAGCAAAAGAAGAAGCUCAAAGCAAACGAUGAGUACCACGUUGAUGCAGUCCUUUCACUAGCUGCGAAUCGACAACAUCGAAACCUGCUUGCGUCGGCCUCUGCCGACAAGACGGUCAAGUUGUGGGAUUUGAACACUGGAAAAUGCGCCAAAUCAUACUCCAUGCACAAAGACAAGGUCUGCUCUUUAGACUGGCACCCAACACAGUCGACAGUACUUCUAAGUGGUAGCUAUGAUCGAACUGUAGUGGUUACUGACAUGAGAGCACCAGAUGCCAAGGCUCCGCGAUGGACAGCGGAUGCCGAUGUUGAGCAGAUCCGAUGGAAUCCGCAUGAUCCGAAUUAUUUCUAUGCCACCACUGAGGCGGGAACAGUCUACUAUUUUGAUGCUAGGAUUGUACCCUCGGAAGAUGGGAUUACGAAGCCUGUUUGGAUUUUGCAAGCACACGAUGGGGCUGUAUCAACGCUGGACAUUAACCCAACAAUUCCGGACUUUCUGGCAACUGGAUCUGAUGACAAGCAGGUAAAGCUGUGGAAUGUGCAAAACAACAAGCCGAGCAUGGUCGUAUCAAGGAAUCUUGAGGUUGGCCGGGUCUUCUCGGCGAGAUUCGCACCGGACCAGGAGGUUAGUUUUCGUCUCGCUGUAGCAGGCAGUAAGGGUGCCAUUCAGAUAUGGGAUACGUCAACGAAUAGCGCAGUGAGAAGAACAUUUGCAGGACGAGUCGCAUUGCCAGAUGGAGAAGUGAAAGAAAGAUUUGUUGGCGUUGCUGAUGACCAAGGCGACUCAGAGGAAGAAGAGGAGGCGGACGAGGUUGAAAAUGGUGAAGAGGAGGCACAAGGCUGGGAGUCCAUGGACGAAGAUUAA